AAUGGAGAAUUAUGGUUCACAUUUUCAAAAUAAGAGGCAAAAUUAUCUAAGCUGAAUGCUUUGGAUCUGACAAAAUGAUUUAAUUCAAAAUUGAAUUUGAUAAACUUUUGGUUAGCAGUGGUACAGUAGAGAUGGGAUCGGGCAAGACAGUGAAUGGCAUAUAGGUCGAAUGGUUUAUUGUUGCUUCUAUUUCUUUCGCACUCCAGCCUGCUCUACUAAGUACUGCUACCCCUCCCACUAUAUUUACGAAGAAGAAGCCAGUCUGGAAGAAAACAGAGCCGAUUACAAUCUAAUUUCUUUUAACUAAUGCUGCGCUUUCAUUCCGCGAAGUUGCCCUGCAAUGCACACUGGGUUCUGUAGUCCUGCGUCACCUGACGGCUGCGCAGUUGUCUGAGAGCCAGACUACAUCACCCAGAAUCCUCCACGUCAAAACAGAUGAAGGCAGUGUGGUGUAGUCUUCGACGGAGAAUAGUCGAUUUGGAUGUUUGUCCUGUAGUGCGAGGUUGACGUUCAGGUUCUCAGGGCUGUCUCCCCGUUUAUGCAACCAUGUUGAUGUUCGAAACGUGAGGCUGCAACUUGAAAUGGAGAGAGGCGGUGGCGUUGGGAAAGGCAAAGGCUGCGAGGCCGUGGAGCGCAGCAGCGCCUCUAGUCCCGGCGAAGUUCAGCUCGACGGAUUCCUAGGGAGCCAAGGUCUCUUCCGAAAGCGUAUUGCUAAGGAUGGCUCCUGCCUUUUCAGAGCUGUUGCUGAACAGGUCUUCCACACACAAUCAAAACACCUUGAAGUGAGAAGAGCUUGUGUUUCUUACCUGAGGAGGAACCGUGAACAGUUUGAAGCAUUCAUUGAAGGAUCAUUUGAUGAAUAUUUAAAGCAACUUGAAAAGCCACAGGAAUGGGUUGGACAAGUAGAAAUCAGUGCUCUUUCACUCAUGUUCAAGCGGGAUUUUAUAAUUUACCAGGAACCAAAUAGACCUCCUGCCCAUGUUACUGAAAAUGGUUUUCCUGACACGAUCUCAUUGUGCUUUUCAAAUGGAAACCAUUAUGAUAGUGUCUAUCCUAAGGAAUCUAUCGAUGCUGCGGCCCUUUGUCAAUCCAUUUUGUAUGAAAUGUUAUAUCAGGAUGUGCUUAAAGUUGACAUUGAAGCAGUACUGUCUUCAUUGGAUACAAACAGCAAAAUAAAUGAGGAUCAUUGUAUUUCCAGCAAUGAUUCCGAUUCUGGCACAGAAACAGAACUGCCUAGGGGCAAUGCUGUUGAUGAAAAUGAUGUGAAUGGAUUCAAGUCUCAAUCAUGUAAUAAAGUCCAAAAGAAACAACAAAAGAAAAAUGAAAGCGCAGCCCAGAUCUCCUUCCCUGGCGAGGUCCUCCGAGCUCUCAACCCAAAUAUUUACAGAAAUAUUGAAUAUGAAGUUUGGCAGAAAUCGAAACAAGCACAGCAGAAAAGGGACUACUCCAUUGCUGCUGGGAUGCAGUAUGUUGUAGGGGAUAAAUGCAAGGUCUGUUUGGACGAUGGUAAGUGCUAUAAUGCACACAUUGAGACGGUCAGCCCUGACAAUGGACCGGUUGGUGUCUACGUCGAAGAACUAGGCGAAAAAUAUAACACUCCUCUUCAGAACCUUAGGCCACUAAUGCAAGCUUCUCAAAGGGGAACCUGGAACAGAGUUCAAGGAAAAAGAGCUAAGAAGGCAUUGAAUGUCCAUUCUGAAGUUGACUUCAGGGGACCGAAGAAUCCGGGCAGUUCUGUAAGUAAGCCAAACCGCUUGCAGUCAAACUUACCGCCACGCCUUCAUCAAGCAAAGAUAGCCAGACAGCAGAGCUCAGGCCAACAACCCAAAGUGUCACCAGCAGAGUACUUGGGGCGACUGGAGGACUUCCCAGAACUCUCAAAAAAGAGUAUUCGAAGUCUAGAAUCUGAUCAGAGGAAUGCAGAAUGUAUGGGCACUAAUACUUCAGUGAAGGCUGAACCAGGGAUGAAUGAAGCUAAAGUAUCAACUAAUAUUCACCUGCAAGUUGAGAAAGCUCUGCCUGCUUUUGAUAUCAUUCUGGAGAAGGCUCCUCACACGAAAGUGGAACAGAUAGAGCCCGAUCUGCAGUUGGAUCAGCAAGCAUCAUAUUCUUCUUCCUCAGCACCAGUAGCAACUCCAUCUGAAGUUCCAACAUGUUUGCCAAGUCAAUCAGCUGAAAAUUCAUCACAGACAGUCAUUCCAUCUACAACUUCAUCCGCAGUGACUCCCAGUCCAGUGGUAUCGCAGGCUCCAAUGAGCUCAGUCCAGAUGAAGCCACUUAGUUCCCCUUUCCUUGGACCUACUCUGUCACGGAUGCCGACAGCUCCGAUCCCAGGCACUUUUGAUGUAUUAUACCCUGGGUUUGCUAUGAAUGAAAGGGGCGAGUACCUCACUAACGCACCUGUGUAUUCGUAUAACAAAAGUGGAGCAGACCUUCCAGAUGAUAAAAGCAUUCUACGCUUUUUUUACAACCUUGGUGUUAAGGCUUACAGUUUUCCAUGGUGGCCACCAUUUUCCUAUCUUUAUCCACUGAAUCAGGCUUAUUUGAAACAUUGUGGAAUGUAUGCUGGGUGUCCUCCUCCGAUAUUCCAUGCAAAUCCUCAGUUCCAGGCGAUGGCUGGGCAGGUGCGGAUUGAGGAUGCGGGAGCCCCGUUGCCCAUGUCAAAUACUCAAGAAAUCAAUGCUGCUAAUCGGUCAGAUGUCGGUGAAGACACUGGUCAUUCAGUAGCUCCACAAGCAGCUACCAGACACCUGCCUCAUGAAAACAAAUCUGUCCCAGUCUCAUCAAACCCUUUACAAGCCCCACAAAAUUUUAAUCCUUUCUUCCCAUGUCCUUUUCCUAACUUGAUAUUGGAUGGAACACAGCCUUCUGGAUGGGCUGCACCUCCACCCCAGAAUUUAAUUCCUCAGACUGCACACAUGCACCCUUUCAAUUUUCAUCCUAUGUACAUGAAUGUACAAGGACACACAUAUCCAUUACAAGUAAGUGGUGGGACCUCAGUGUGUCCAACUGAGCAGAAGGUUGGUGCACCACAUCAAUGUGCACAAAUUUCCGACAGCACUGAAAGUCUCAACUUGGAUGAAUCGGAAAAAGAGCCAAUAGAAAUCAGCCAUGCAGGGAAGGGUGAGCUUUCUCAGACUCAGCUACUUCCAGAAACUGUUGGUAAUAUCAGAGACUUGCGUCCCUCAAGUGAUAAGCAGCAGUCAGCUCCUAGUCCGCAUAAAGAAUAUGUAAAGCAACACCCAGUCCUUAAAAGAGAAAUAGAGCUAGAGAAAGCAAGCAUAAUUUCUACUUCUGGGCUUUCUAGUCUGGAUCCAAAGAAUAUCGAGUCACAGAAUCUUGCAAGUAAUUCAGAGAGUCUACACACAGAGGCAAAAUCCAAAGGUGAUUUAGCUUCUCAAAGUAUUGAUAAAUCAGAAGUUGAUAGCGUAGAGCAGCAGCCUGUAGCAGUCACCUCCAGGAAUCAGAAUUCUAGGAAUUAUAAAUUGCCCGGCACCUUGUACAAUAAACCUGGACAUUUUCACAAACGGACUUCAAGAGACAUGAAUGACUACUCAAAAGAUGAUAGUCCCUCAGAAAAGAAUGUACUUCGAUGUAAUCCGCACAUCCAUAAGCAGGAAGAAGGAGAAAUGAGUAGGAAAGAUAAACAAGGCAAGCCAUGGUCAUCAAGAGACACAAGUUACUUACAUGAUGACGAUAUUGACAGGACCAGUGAAGCAGCCUCAAAGGAAGAUCGAAGACCACCUUCUAGAGACAGAAUUGUACAGAGAUCUGAAAUGAAUGCAGGUGUUGGUGGGAUGGAAAAUUUGCAGAUAAGAAUUGAAAACCAAAGGUACCAUAUGAGUGAUAAUAGAUCUCAUGAAAGAACUUCAGCCAAUAGGAGGGAUGGCGAUGGAAGACCGUUUCGAAAUCCAACAGCUGUGGAAGACACCAGUGGUGCACCAUAUGAACGGAAACGCAGUAGUUUUAGGAAACAGAGAUAUAAAGAGAGUGGGAAGUCUAAUAGUUACAUAAGAAAAUGAUAAUACUUUCUAUAAUUAUUAAUUUAACACUGGCAUAACUAGAAAGAUUUUUGAAAGGAGUUAAAGAGUUUUCUUUAUCAACAGCAUUAUGUCCAGCACAGACAUUGUAAGCCAGAGAGCCUAUUCAUGUGCUUUACUGUGCUGGGAUCUAAAUGCCUUCAUUACAGGUUGAGACCAAUUUCCUGUUGUGCUGUGACUUCUGAAAUCAUUUGCCAUUUUAGUCCCACAUCCCAGCCUUUAUCGGUCUUGAGUCCAAUUGUUGUUUGAAAAAUAUAUGUAAUGUGCUUUCAUUACCUCCUGUUGUUACUCAUCUUAACCGUUAGUUUGAUUUAAAAAAAAUCCUUGUUCCUUUUGUCACAAUGUAAAUCUGUAUCCUCUUGUUACUGAUCUGUUUCCUGCAGAAAUUGCUUCCACCUCCACUAAAAAGCUUUGAAAUUUUUAAGUUAGAUUUCCUUUAUUGAAAACAAAUAUUCCACUAGGAUUUGUACUGAGGGACUUGAUGGUUAUAUAUAAAUAAAUUAUCAUAUAGUUUGUGGUAAGUUUAUAAUACUGGAAGUUGAAGGCAUAUUUCAGUUACAAAGCAUUAAAUUACAAAGAUCAUGUGGCAGAUGUAUUUCAACCCAAGAGAAGGGUGAUCUGUAUUGUCUGAGAAAUAGAUCCUGCUAAAGACUUUGAUUUGAGGUUCUGGUAAAAUACAGCAAUAGUCACAAAAAAUUAAGACUUGGGGAAUAUUUAACUUUUCUAGCAAUAGGCCUGGAAUGUAAACAAUUCUAUCACAGUUGUAUAUUCUUGUUUAUGCCUCAUCUGAGUUAUUCUGUGGAAUUCUAGGUGUCAGGUCUCUAGCACAAGUUCACCGGUAAAUUAAGGGGGGUUCAAGGGUUUGGACUAAGAAAUUAGAUUAAUUAUUGUAUUUGCAGGUAUAUGCAUUAGAUAAUUUGAUAACUAUAAAGUAUUGAUAGACUGGAUGUUGGUAGAAGUGUUGAAAGUCAGACAGCAGAACAUCCAGGAUGUACAGAGUAAAGACUUAAAAGAAGCGAUCAACUGACUAUUUCCCACAAAAAAGCAGUUAGUAUUUAAUGAUGAGCUUCCCCUCAACAAAGGAUAUUGUGUUUUCUACAAUUCAUGUUCCUUGUUUCCUAACCUUUGCUUUCAAAUAAUAUUUCCAGUUCCUUCAAUAUCACUUCAUAGCUGCAAACACUCAUAUGGGAUCAUUCCUCUUAAACAAAUCUGCAUUGUGCUGACAUCUUUCUUAGCACUGCUGUUGAGGCCUAAUCCAGUGAUACAAAAUGUUUAGCAUGUUUUGUUUCCAUGUUCCUGUUUACAGAACCAACGAUUUUAUUUUUAUUUUUGAAUUGUUCGAAAUCACUGAAAAUCAAGAUGAGGCCCUUGUUGCAAGUGUCUAGAGAGGCACUUGCAGUGGUCCGAGUGUGUUUGUGGUCUUCUGCUGCUGUAGCCCAUUCACUUCAAAACUUGAUGUGUGUUCAGUGGUGCUCUUCUGCACACCACUGUUGUAACGUGUUUGAGUUACGGGCGCCUUCCUGUCAGCUUGAACCAGACUAGCUGUUCUCCAACCUCUCCAUUAAUAAGGCAUUGUCGCCUGCAGAACAGCUACUCACUGGAUGUCUUUUGUUUUUCCACACCAUUUUCUGUAAUUUGUAGACUUGUGUGUUAGAAUCUCGGGAAAUAAGCAGUUUCUGAGAUACUCAAACUACCCCAUCUGAAAUGAACAAUCAUUUAUUUCAGUCAAACUGACCUGGAUCAAAUUUCUUCCCCAUUUUGAUGUUUGGUCUGACCAACAACUUAAUCUCUUGACCAGAUCUGCAUGCUUUUAUGCAUUGAGUUAAUUGGCUGAUUAGAUAUUUGAAUUAAUGAGCAGGCGCACAUAAUAAAAGUGAUCACUAGGUGUAAAUGGUUGAAGUAAUACUGAAAUUAGUCAACUUGGGGAGUAUUUCAUUAUUUAAAGCAUAUCAAAAAUGCUCAGUUAUGCUGAUAAUUCUUUUACUCAUUCUCGUGAUAAUGAUUCUAUCUUACUUUAAGAUAUUUUUUUGCAGUUGCCAAGAAUAUGAAUGAACUCUUUUCAGUCUAGAAAUAUUUCCUUUAGUAUUAAAGGACAAUGUUAUUUUGUUUAGAUUGCAAAAUGCAGUAAUUCCUAGUAAUAAUAGAGGCACAGGGAAUUCAUAUUCAAGAUAACAAAUUGAAUAGAUGUUACCUUAUUGCCUCUUUCAAGGCUUAAGUAUAACACAGUUUUUCUAUAUACCAUGAUUGUAGUUUCGGCAGAAUUUUGUUGGCACCUGUUCACUGGAGCUGCAGCAGUGAUUGCUUUAGUACAGUUUUGCCAUUUAGUUUGUUAUCGUUUCACUCCUACAUCCUUUUACCCAACCUUUACAAAAAUGUGAAUCUUUGGAAAUGCUGGGGAGAUACUACUUCCUUUUUUGGUGGAAGCUCAAAGAACACCUGCAACACCACUUAGUUUGAGUACUGCCUUGUGCCUUUUCAUUAGGAUGCCAAUACCUACCUCAGGACUGCUUAAUGUUGCUUAUGAUUGUCUUGACUCAUUACUCACAAACAUGUGGUAUUCCAUUCAUAUCUGAAUAUGACCUCCCAGGCCGAAAUAUUUCAGUACAAUUUUAUCUGCAAAGUGUAAAUGACUAGUGUAGCUGUAGUCCAAUUAGAAAGACUAAAGUGACAUUAAAUGUGUGUGGUUAAAUUUUUUAAAAAGUAGGCAUAUGUUCCUUUUAAUUGUCUUAGUCUCUGUAUUGAGGUUGUAAGCAUUAAGGUAAUGAGACAUUUGUUGUGAGAGAAUUUGUCCUCUGGCAUUUUAAAACCAUAGAUUUAACAUUUCAAAGUAUCUGUGUAUUUUUAUUAUUGGCCUUCAAACGUCCCGCCAGACUCACGGCUUGGCCCAACAUAUCCUUGCUGUCCAGCCCCAUGAUCUCAAAAUUAUAACCAAAAUAUUAGCAGCACAAUAACAUCAUUUGACCAAUCGCAUCUGGAGUUUUGGAGAUUUCUUAGCUUUGGCAGACCCUUGUGCUGCUUCAUCCUAUAGUUAUCCCAAUUUGUAUGUAUUUUAUUUUCAUGCUUCAAAUAACUGUACCCUAACACUACAGGAAACAUUCUAUUUUAAUAAAAAGAUGACAAUAUUAACUUUGCAGGGAUUAUAUUGCACGUACUUAAAUGUGGUUAUGAAAAUAUAAUGCAUUGAUGAGAUGGACACAACAGCAUAGACUUGUGGACAGACAAUAUUAAUGAUUUAUUUCAAUUUGAUGAACAGUUAUUAACAAAAACGCUGACAAACUUGUAAUAAAUGUUAAUUGAUCCAUGCGUUUGUUGGAUUGUUUUCCAUUUUGAAAUGUGGUGUUAACUACAUUUUGCUAAAACAUCUUACACGUUUUACCAUGCAAACAGGAAUGUAAUAUAAUCCAGACUGGACUUUUUAGUUUGCAGAUUUCAUUGAGCCAUAUUUUUUGAUGGGCAUUUCCUAUUGAUUAUGGAAAUCUGUCUCAUUUUGUAUUCCAAGAUGGUUGAAUUUGUAAAGGGUGUCUUGCAUUAAUAAAAUAACUGCCUUGCAAUGCAAUACUUGUCUUAAUUUUAUAAGACAAUAAAGUGAAAGGGAGAAAGAACAUUGUACAAUUAAACAUAGACUUACUUACCCAACUGUCUGUCCAUGGCAUAAUUUGGGAAAUACAAGCUGUUUCCACAGGAAAAAUAUCUGAUGUGGAUACCCAAAUUUAAAACUUGAAUAUGUAUUUGUUUAUUUGUUCCUACAAACAACUGCCCAUUCUCCACUUUUAGUAAUGGUUCUUACUGGUUUUUAAGUGCUUUUGAUGCUAUUCAUUACAAUACAGUGAAAUACGAGAUUUUGUUCUGUGUACUUUCCAACAUGCUGGCAAAACUAUCUUACGGACAUCUGUAAAAACAAGCCAUUUGUUAACUGAGGAAUGGCCUGUAAGGGUUUUUUAUUGGCAGAUAUAGUUUACUAUUGUAUUAAAAACAAGCUGCUGUAGAUUUUGUAAAUGUGAUUUCAGGUCAUCAACGAGCAAACUUUCUACACAGUAAAUCACCUGCACCUGUUUGCUGGGAUUUUUUUUUGCAUUCUAAUUUUGGUUUUGUUUAGUUGUACAGUCGGCCCUCCUUAUCCGCGGGGGAUUGGUUCCAGGACUCCUCGCAGAUAUUGUACCAAAAUUCACGGAUGCUCAAGUCCCUUAUUCAACCUGUCUCAAUACGGUAGAUCUUAGGACCCAGCAGAAACCCAGACCUUAUAUAACCUGCCUCAGUGUGGUGGACAUUAGGACCCGGUGGCAGAGCUCUGAACCUGCAGUGUUUCUGUUUGCGAAAAUGAUUACGAUUGAAAAUAAAGUGUAAGUAAUAAAGCGAUUGGAAAAAGGUAGAACAUUCGAAAAGCAUUAGGCUACAUCAGUCAACAAUCAGAACAAUUUUAAAGGAUAAAGUGAGAAAGGCUCUGCCCUGAUGAAAGCUACAAUUAUUACUAAACAAUGCAGUGUUUUAAUUAUUGGGUUUUGGGUUUUUGAUCCUCCACAUCAACCCGGGAUGGUGGAAAGUGCACUUGGGAGCGAUCUGCCCGAGUUGCGAGAACUUCCAUUCCUGACCCCGGUGCUGAAAUGUAUGUUCUUAAGUGUUUUAUAUGCAUAGAAAGGUAAAAUAUAUACUGUAUACUAAGACAAACGUUUGACUAACUGACGGUAAAUACCGGAUGUAUUUGUUCCAACAUACUUAGUAAGAGAACUUCCGAUUUUUUCGAUCCUGAUCCACGAUAACCCACGCACAUCCUCCCGUAUACUUUAAAUCAUCUCUAGAUUACUUAUAAUACCUAAUACAAUAUAAAUGCUAUGUAAAAUGGUUGUUGUACUGCAUUGUUUAGGGAAUAAUGACAAGAAAAAAGGUCUGCACAAGCUCAAACAAGUGCUGGAAGAGCACUUCCGGGUUUUCGCAGUUGGUUGAAUUCGCGCAUGCGGAAUGCACAGGUAAAGAGGGCUGACUGUACAUAAAAUUAAAGAAAUGCGGUUUGCAUGACAAUCAAUGGACCUUUUAAACUUUCUUCUACAUUACUUAUCUCUGAGAAUGCAAGUUUGAGAAGCUUUGUUCUUUGAGAACCUUUUAUUGGUUCAAAUACACAUGGUAGGUGAGCUUCCAUUGGAUAUUCUGUGGAUCUUCCAUGUCACUUUCAAUGUAGAGUAGGGGAGUGAACUAAAUGACCUGACAAUAAUUUUGUGCAUUAUUUCUUGUAGCAGCUCUCACCUUUGUCAAUCAGGGUUUUUUUUUGUGAUUUUCUUUUACAAAUUUAAGUGUGAUUGUUUAAUUUGAAUACCCAAAAGACGUUCAUCACCUGGCAAUGGAAACCAUCUUGAUCCUUUUCAAAGGCACUCCAAGUAACUUUGGUUCUAAAACCACCCACCCCCUCCCUUUUAGAAAAAGAACUUAGCUAAUGUUUUUGAUGGGCAUAACAUCAAAUGAAUUUUCCUUUACUAUUUUCUCCAUUGCCUUAAUGUUUUUUGAAGAGUAGUAUGGCUUAGAACUUAAUGCUGUAGUUUAACCAUUGAAUUUCUCUAUUCAGUUGUCUAGAAUUGAACACUGGUGUUGUUUACUUUUUAAUGUUCUUAGCUUAUUAAUAGUUUCAAAGAUUGUAUAUUAAACAAUGAUAAUUUUGAUUAAGUGGGUUUGUUUUCAUACCAAAUUGUAAUUUGCCAGAUUUCCCCCAUGUCAAGAUUAUGUGAAUGACUGGCUAUAUAAAUCUGAAGUUUAUUCCAAAAGGUUUUUAUUGCCAUAGAGGGGAAGAAUUAGACUACAAAACAAAAAAUAUUAGGUUUCCUGGUACUGCUCCAUAUGGCUUUGCUGACAAGUUUCAAACGCAACAACAGCUCCUACAGAUCAAAUCUAAUGUUUUAAGGGAUUGGCUUCUUUUAACACAUUUUACAUUUAUUUGCAACUUGUGAUAGUAUUGUAAAGCUUACAAUGCAUCAUUAUACAGAAUUUUAACUGUAUUCCCUGCUCAGUUACUAUUUGUUCUGAGAGAGGAUGAGGUGCAUGGAUAUGUUUUAGGCUGGUAUUAAGGCAUUAUCUCAGAUUUACACUCUACAAUUUUAACAACUUGGGACCUAAGUUUGCCAUGGGAAGGGAUGGGGCAGCCAUGUAUGGGACAAGACUGUUUAACCAUAGACAAAUGUAGCAACAGAAAUUAAAACAAAACUAAUUGGAGCUUGAUUCCCUCUUCAAGCCCAAGUAAACUCUUCACUUAAACAAUGAGUCUUUACAAAACUCCAAUGUUCCUCAGGAAAAUUGACUAAUAUGAAAACAAAGGCAAUAUUUCAGUGAUCUGUAGUAAUGUACAUUGAUUGGAAAUGUUUACAGUAUAAAUUGUCAUGAAAUCAAAGUGAAUAGGCAUAAAUUUACAAAGCAAAGCUCAAUGACUUCAAAUAAAUUGUAAUUUAACACUUUCAAUACUUUUUGACAUGGUCACUGAAAUAACACAUUUUCUAGGAUAAAAUUGGCCUGAGGAUGCUCAUUACUAUUACAGAAAAGUUUAAUCCAAAAUUUUGAUCUUAGUGUUCUCUGGAUAUUCACUGUAUUAGUGUUUUGCUGGAAAGCUUCCUUAUCAAUUUAAUUUGCAGAUAUCCCAUUCAACUUUGGAACUGCAAAUUAACCUCCCUGGAUUAGGACAGACCCCAAUAAAAGUUUUGUCAAAAUACCACUAUUAGUUAUUUACAAAAUGUUUGUUACAUAGUCAAUGACUAAUUCACAGAAUACUAAUGAUGUCUAGUAUAACAAGCAGUCAACUAGAUGAACGUACAUGCAUACAGACCACCCCCAUACUACUACCACCAUUUAAAUACACCUGCAUUGCCCACCAACAAAGCAGUAUUGGUUUGAAGCCACUUUGUCUGAUUUCCCAACCACAACAAUAAGGUGCUUGUGUUCAUCCACUUUUCUGAUCACAAGAAAAAAGAGAAUCAUAAUUGAUUAAUUCAAGCAGGCUUGGAUAUCA